AUACUGCUCUAUGUACUUUGGAAGCUCGUGUAGAAAGACGAAUCGCAGUUGGCAAAAGAAAAAGAAAUAGGAGAAAGGAAAGAAAGUAUGGGCUUGUUACUGAAGAAUUACUCGACAAUCACUUCUCAUUACCGAUCUCAAUCUCAGACACAGGGCGCCUUCUCUCUUUUGCGUCGCGGAUUCCAUGUUGAACCUGGUCCUCGCGAGCAAGCUCUCCUGGCCGAAGAUCCAUCUCUUAAGCGAUUCAAAUCACAUAAGAAGAGUGUGUGGAGACUCAAAAGAUUUGGAGAUGUUCUGACACUUGUUGUUGUAGCAGGCUGUUGCUAUGAAAUUUAUGUCAAAACAGUAAUGCGGGAAGAAGCUCGGAAACAGGCAAAGGAAAGUGCAUGAUUGGGAGUUUAGUGUCUGAAAUUUCUGUUUCUGCCAAGAACAUCAGAUCCUCUUCAAUUUUGUCAGUGUCCAAUAAGUAGUAACUAUCAUGAUGUGAUCAAAUGCUUGCCCUCAAAAGCUUCUGUUUUUCGGUCGUGUAAUAAAGUUCGUCUUUUGUCAUGCCAUAUUUAUAAAAUAAGCAUAUGGGAAAAUUACCCCAGUUGCGUCC